ACAAGGUCACUAGCUGCUUAUUAAAUGCUCCACGUGUACGUAUUUGAAUAUCUGAACGCUUCUUACUGGUAAAAGAGCAUAGAUACUUAUCUUAUACCCAAAAUCGUUUGGUUUUCAUCGACAUUGCUUCAAGUAGUUAUCAAAGCAAGACUUCUGGUACCUCCCAUAAUCUGUUCUUGCACAACUUUACCAGUCAAAUUUCUCAUGAUAUACCUUACUCUGAUCGCUAGGGUUGCCGAUGGGCUCCCACUUGCAGCAACUAUUCAGGAUGAUGACCAACUAAAUCGUGAAAUAUUCCAGUAUCAAAAUCAAGCAAAAGCACUCGUUUGUCGUAUGACUCCUACUUCUCCUUCUAGAUGCUCUCUUAUUGCUGGUCCUUACUUGUUUCAUUAUCUGCUGGAUCGUGGUGUUUGUUACAUUAUUCUUACAGACUCACAGUUCAGUCGUACAAAAGCCUUUGCAUUUUUAGAGGCAAUACAAACAGAAUUUUACGGCAAAUACUACCAACAAAUACAAACAGUUUCAAGACCUUACGCAUUCCUUGAUUUUGAUCACGUCAUACACAAAACUCAAAAAAUCUAUAGUGAUAGUCGGUCAUCCAAUCUUAGUCAAUUGAACGUAGCAUUACAAGACGUACAAAGAAUCAUGGUACAGAAUAUUGAUGAUGUAUUACAACGUGGUGAAGCACUUUCAACCUUGGACUCUCGAGCAUCCAAUUUGUCUACUAUGUCCAAGAAAUACCGUCAAGAUGCCCACUCACUCAACCUUCAAUCGGUCUACGUCAAAUACAUACUGUUUUGCAUCUUGUUAUUAGUAGUUUUCACAUAUUUUUAUAUUCGGUUCCUAUGAUUUAAUUAGGCUAUAAUUCUAUCCCAUUAUGAAUAACUUGUAUAAAUCCAUAUGAUUAUAGGGAGUUGUGAUGAUAUCAUCCAUUUAUUUAUUCAUUUAUUUAUUUCAAGUAAAUUCUCAUUUAGUAAUCUGUUUUUUUCAAAAAAAUUAAUCUUCAAAACAAUUUUAUUUUCUAACAGUAUUGUUUUUCUGUAUUAACUAUUAUUAUUAAUCUUAAUGUGAGAAAUUAAAUCUUUUCAUAUUUAUGUUUGAAAUCAUUCGUAUAAUAGUCACAAUAUCUGAUAAUGAAUAUUCGUCCGAAUUAGAAAAUUUAUGUAUAUUCAUUUUCAAAAAGUGAGCAGUUCAUAUAAUCAGUGAAACUAUGAAGUUCCGUAAUGUUCUACUAUUUAUUAAAGAUAAAUCGUGGUACAUACAUAGGGCACCAAAAUGUUUGACUCAAAAGUAUUAUUAUGAAGAAGUAUAACAGGGAGAGGUAAUGUAAUCAAUAGAUUGAUAAUUAACAAUAUUAUUUAAUAAGAGAUACAGUUCAGUCAAAUACGCAUCCAAGAAAAGCUUCAUUUAGUUAAGGAAAUUCAUCUCGUUUUUAUGAGAAAAAGUAGCAAGAAAAAAUAUUAGGAUCCAUAGUAGCUUCUGUUUGGACCUAUAUCUAAUAGCGUCUGAGUCCAAAAGGGUCUCACGAAUUCCGACCACGUAGUUAUGACGUUACGGUAGAGAUAUACAUUUGCAUUUAAUCCACCAUGUUAACUGACAACAUCCACUUUUUCGACCGUCUUGGCGUCAGGAAAUAACGUGUGAUAUGAAAGUCUCGGUUACUUACAUAAAAAUGAAUUGUUUGCCUGUAAUAAGUGUGGCAGUAGUCCGGAAUUUCUCCGAAUACAGAUAAUUAGUACAUCCACCAUCUAAAUGUUAGUCGGUUGUAGCUCUCCAUAACCCACAGAGCAUAGUGGAUAUCAAUAGUUUAGUAUCAGGGCCAAACUGGAACCUGAAUUAUUGGUACUUAGACUAUGUAGCUCCUUCCUGGAGGUAGAGACGUUGAUCUGAUUCGAGGAUACUGGCAUCUUUUCAAGGAGCUUAAAAUCCUAACGAAUAAGAAAACAGUCUACUAAAUAUCAUACAGACCAGAACUUUGUACUUGAAAAAAUUGAAUAUCAGUAGUAGCAUUUAUGUAGUCCUCAAACAGGUUCUGAUCGGUAUUCAGGCCGUGCGUGAAAUUACGAAACCCGAGGACAUGAUCUUUCGGGGAAAACUAUUGAUUAAGCAUGUAGACUUCCAAUCGCUACGUGGUCAAGGGUUGUUGAUGCCAUCAAGAACACAGUUGAUGUAGAUCGCGUCCUUCAAUUAAUUGGAUAGGAAAUCAAUUGCGACCCCGAAAUUAAUGCACGGCUGUCAGUGAGGUACUAGAAGUGCACAAAUUGAGUCAUGUCCUGUGACUUGAAAACAGAUAAGCUGUUUGGAAUACAAAAUAUCAGUGAGUAACACAUGUAGUAAAGACUGAAUACUAAGAAGAGAGGAACAAGUAUGAUCACGGGAAAGAAAGUGUUAAAACAUUUGACAAGAACUGGGAUGUCCAUGAUUAGCAGAUUACUACAAGCGUCAAUCAUGCUCACUAGGUUUUCCAAAAAUAAAUUGUGUAUUACUUGAGCUACUGGUUCUUAGUAAGUAGUAAAGUAUAAUAUGGAGGAAGUCGUGAUGCCGUUUCGUUAAACAGGCGCGAUAUGGUGACGUUCGCUGGUUUUCAUUCUUAAAGAACCAAAAUUGUUGCAUUUAUUUCCCACAAAUAUCUUGAAUAAUUUAAAGGUCGCUGAAGCUGGACUGUUAUAUUACGAAAUAAAAUCGCAGCAGAUGAAGUAUUAAACAGGUUUCUUUUAAAUUAUAAGCAAUUUGUUAGUAAUAUGUACUAGUAAGAGAGGUUUGAUACACAGUAAAUUUGAGACGCUUUGGAGAAGCAAGUUGUAAAUGAUGUAUAUGAAUUUUAAGAGUAGCAUGAGGAGUGGAAAUCUAUCCAGAAUUCGAAGGAUGAGAGCAAGAUUGAGUGACUCGAUGAUGCAUUGUAAAGCUAGUGAAUAGUAUCUUUCCAAAUAGCACACCGAGCUGGAAUCGAAUUCAACGAUGAAGUCACUAAUAGCCUGCUAGAGUAUUUCAGUUUUCUUGUUCGUUGUCUAUCUCGGUGAAAAUCACUAUGAUCAAAUCCUGUGCAGUAUCAUUUCGAUCACUUUAUCACAGCCUUGUCAAAGUAUGUACAUGCUCAGCCUUAAUUCAAAUAUAAUCUACAAUUUCUUAAUGAAUAGUGUCCUUUCUUUGAUGAAAUCGUCAUCAUGUGGAUU